AUGUGCAAACCAGGUUUGGAAACACGUUGGUCAGGGGCACGCUGGACAGGGAAGGUCAUCGAUAACAGGCACGAUCGAAGAAAUCACCGAAAAAAAGGGUGCACGUGUCGGCGCAUGAAGAAUGACGCGAGACUUCUGGAGGCACGUGAGCUCACACGCUUCACCGGACGGCGGCGGGACUCUGGGCGUAGGCUGAUCGACUGGGUUGAACCAGAGGAAAGAGCGAAGAGUGAUGCUUUAGGAGUUCUUGCAUUAAUUCUUACUCUAAUAGUCAUCUUCCGGCCAGCGUUCCGGUGGGUGAUUAGACAGACGCCUGAAAGGAUGCCUGUCAAUAACUUCUACACUAGCACCAUUUUGGUACUAGCCUUGGCCGCUGGACAUCUUUUGGACAGGAUGGAUCUGGGAGUUCUUUUGCCCAUUCAAGUUGCAACAUCAAUGAUAAGGGUAGAUUUGCUCGUCAUCGUAUCUCGAUUUAGCUACCUAAAAUACUACAUUGGCUUAACAUGUGUGCUUUUUGUAGUCAAAUUGUCAGCUUGUUUGGUUCCUUCAUUGUACAGUAAGAUGCCAUUAAUUGAUUCUGUAGUUCUCGCUUUCAUUUUGAGCUCCAAAGGCAUCAUCGAGUUGGCAACAUACUCUGUUAGGAAAGACAAUGGGCUCAUCAGCGAAAAGAAUUUCACCCUUUUCUCUGUAAUGGUUUUGCCGAGUUCAAUCAUUGUUCCAAUCUUCGUUAAAUACCUUUACGACCCUUCAAGGAAAUAUGCAGGCUAUCAAGCAAGGAACAUCGUGAGUUUAAAGCCUGAAUCUGAGCUCCGAAUUCUUGCAUGUAUUCACAGAACUGAUAAUAUAGCUUCUGUAAUAAAGCUGCUUGAUGCCUCACAUCCAACAGUUGAAAGCCCCAUCAAUGUUUAUGUCCUUCACCUCAUCAAGUUAAUUGCCCAAGCCACCCCAAUCUUCAUAUCCCACCAAAAGACUGGACCAAUAUCAACCUCCUGCUCUCAAAAUGUCAUCCUUUCUUUCAAAAAAUAUGAACAGGAUAAUCCAAACGCUGUAUCAAUCCAUGCCUUUACAUCAAUAUCUUCAACAAAGUUUAUGUAUGAGGACAUAGGCACACUUGCUCUUGACAAAGUCACAUCCCUAAUUCUAUUGCCCCUCCAUCGAAAGUGGCCUAUCCAUGGACUUAUCAAAUGUGAAAACCAUAGUUUAAGGACUCUAAACUGCAGGGUUCUUGAAAAAGCCCCUUGCUCUGUGGGGAUCUUUUUUGAGCGUUUCAAACUCAACAAAGAAAAUUUUAAGAAACAUGGACCAAAGCGUUCACAUCUUUCCUUGUGCAUGAUCUUCUUGGGUGGUAGGGAUGAUCGCGAGGCCUUGAUUUUAGCCAAACGCAUGGCCAAUAACUCAAAUGCAAAUCUAACAGUUAUCAAUUUUAUUGCUGAUCAUGAUGAUGAUGAUACUGAGUUCGUAUCGGAUGAGAAAGUGCCCGACUUUACAGCCAUUGAGAAAGUCCAGCAAAUCUCUGUUAUAGAUGAAUCUAUACCAUACAAGGAGCAGCCGGUGAAAGAUGGACCACAGACUGCAUUACAUGUUCAUUCCAUAGCGGAUGAUUAUGAUCUUUUUAUAAUGGGAAGAAGCUAUGGUGUGAAGUCUCCUCAAACGAGUGGUUUAUCAGAAUGGAGUGAACUUCCUGAGCUUGGGAUCAUCGGAGACCUGCUUGGCUCCAAAGAUCUUGAUACUGAAGUUUCUGUUUUGGUAGUGCAACAACAAAGGCAGAUGAUAUAUCUAGACUAGAGAAACAUUGAUUAUCAUUAGAUGGCAAAUUGUUCUUUUUUGGUUGUUUUUAGUGGCAAUCUUUAUUCCGACAAAUUAUAUUGAAGAUAAUGAAUUUAAUAUCGAAUUCCAUAACUG